CACGACUUUCGUUCGGCCGUGGAUAAGAUGGCCGAGCGGAAACUUACCUCAUCACCGUCAACGCCAUUUUUUUUGUCGAAAAUUUUAACGAAAAUGAAAUAAAAGUCAUUAAUUUUAGCAAUGAUGGCUGAUAUAGCUGCGAAUCAGCCAAGAAUGAUGAAUCCUAACCAGCCUCCAACAUCAGGUGCCUCAGGCUCAGCUCCUUCUAUGCCCGGUGCUUCAAUGACACAGGGAGAAAGGGAGAAAGUGUAUCAAUGGAUUAGUGAAUUGACAAGUCCAGAAACCAGGGAGAAUGCUCUGCAAGAAUUGAGUAAGAAGAGAGAAGUUGUACCAGACCUUGCUCCAAUGUUAUGGCACAGUUUUGGUACGGUAGCAGCAUUACUUCAAGAGAUAGUACAUGUAUACCCAGCAAUUAACCCACCACAUCUAACAGCACAUCAAUCAAACCGUGUGUGCAAUGCUUUAGCGUUAUUACAGUGUGUAGCCUCACAUCCAGAAACUAGGUCAGCUUUCUUACAGGCAAACAUUCCACUAUUUUUGUACCCAUUCCUGCACACUGUAAGCAAGACGAGACCAUUUGAGUAUUUGAGAUUAACCAGCCUUGGUGUUAUUGGUGCUCUAGUCAAGACAGAUGAACAAGAAGUGAUUAAUUUUCUACUCACAACAGAGAUUAUACCUCUUUGUCUUAGAAUAAUGGAAUCUGGCAGUGAACUCUCAAAAACUGUAGCUACAUUUAUUCUACAAAAGAUAUUACUGGAUGAAACUGGAUUGUCGUACAUCUGUCAAACAUAUGAACGAUUUUCUCAUGUUGCCAUGAUAUUGGGUAAAAUGGUGCUACAUUUAUCAAGGGAGCCGUCAGCCAGAUUGUUAAAACAUGUUGUCAGAUGUUACCUGAGAUUAUCAGAUAAUCCAAGAGCAAGAGAAGCAUUACGACAGUGUUUACCUGACCAGUUAAAGGACAGUACAUUUGCUAACUGUUUGAAGGACGACAAUUCUACAAAACGUUGGUUAAUGCAGUUACAACAAAAUCUGGAGACUCCUGGAGUACCAGACCCUAGAAACCCUGGCAUGCCACUGCAUCAACAGUGAAUGUGACUUCACUCCUGCACUGUUUUCAGUCUGACAUGGAUCAUUUGCAAUCAUGAAUACAUUUGUCUUAUCAUCACUUUCUGUCAGUGUAUGAUAAUUUGAGGAUUUUACUACAAUGCUGCCAGACAGAAAAAUCAGAUGAUGUGUUGCUAGUGAAGUGAACAGAUCCCCAUCAGAUUCAUGUAGGAGCCACCUACAUGUCAAAUCCUUUGAUUGUGAAAAUGUUGUGAAAGACAUAUUUAUAGUAAAAAAGAUAUUUAACCAUUCAGACGUAUCUUAAGAAGACAAAAUGUAUAUAUAGAUUUUAUUGCCAAAAAACUGUUUGUAUUAAGUUAAAAGUCAUAACAAGUAACUGUAUGUAUAUAAUUUUUGUUCUUGCAUAAAAACUACUUUUUCUCUGGAUCUGGGCAUGUAUCCUAGGGGGAAAAAUCAUGGUUAACUAGGCAAUUCUCGUUCUGUUAUUGCAUUUUUUUAGCUCCACUUUUUAUACGCCUGUCUCUGAAAGAGAGGGGCGUAUUAUAUGAACACCCCUGGCAAGUGGGCGGGCGGCAUCCAAAAGCCUGUCCAAAGUCAUAACAAGUAACAAAUGUAUGUAAUUUUUAUUCUUGCAUAAAAACUGUUUUUUUCUCUGGAUCUGGGCAUGUAUCCUAGGGAGAAAAAUCAUGGUUAACCAGGCAGUUCUCGUACUGUUAUUGCAUGUUUUUAGCUCCACCUUUUAUACGCCUGUCUCUGAAAGAGGGGGGCGUAUCAUGUGAACACCUGUGGCGGGCGGCGUCCAAAAGCAUGCCCGCUCCCUAAGUCAAACAGUUUUCAUGAUCUUUACCAAACUUGCUGGCAAUGUUUGUGGGCAUAAUAUCGCGGCCAAGUUCAAUUACCAGUCAAAUCGCCCCAGGCACUCUUGGAUUAUGCCCCUUGAAUUACUCGAAAUCUGUGAAUUUAGUUUUGUCCACUCUAAGUCAAACAGUUUUCAUCCGAUCUUCACCAAAAUUGCUGAUAAUGUUUGUGGGCAUAAUGUCUCGUCCAAGUUCGAUAACCAGCCAAAUCGCCCCAGGCACUGUUGGAUUUAUGGCCCUUGAAUUACUCGAAAUCUGCGAAUUUAGCCUUGUCUGCUCUCUAAGUCGAACAGUUUUCAUCCGAUCUUCACCAGACUUGGUGUCCAUGUUUGUGAGCAUAAUAUCUCGGCCACUGCUAGGCUUGAUAACCAGCCAAAUCGCCCCAGGCACUCUUGGAUUAUGGGCCUUGAAUUACUUGAAAUCUUUUUAUGAUACGUAACUGAAUAUUUAGAUGGGCUCAUUUUGUGACAGUCUUGCACUCUUGUUGAAGUAUAUAGGGGGCUGUUGCACUUGGCCCAGUGUUUUUAUGAACUCGAAUAUUUUCUUUAUUUAUACUUGAGUUAUUCAAAUGAAACUUGCUGUACUUGCACACAGUGACAAUGUUCAUUAGUAUGAAUACCUGCAAUUUUUCCAGAAUUAUGCCCCUUAGAAAUUUUUGUUCAGAAGUUUUUUUAUAAAAUUUAAUAUCUUCAUCAUUACUUAAAGGGAAAGGCAACGUUGUUAAAAUGUUAAUUUUGUCAGCUUGGAUUUCUUAAAUCAUUUAAAGAAGUGAAAGAAUUUUCAAAAUUGGAGUAAAAUAGAGAAAGUUAUGAGCAUUCAAAUAUUUGGUCAAAUUGGCAGCCAGUUUGUUUCCAUGUAUAAUGAAAGAAAUUAUCAUGUUUUACACCUUAUACUGAAGAAAUAUGAAAAUUAGUCUUUUAAAAGAUUAUUUGCUAAAUAAAGUAUUCAGCAGUGUGUAAAUGGCGUUAUAAACACACUAAAAUGGCUGCCUCCAUUAUCAGCCAUUAACUGCCAUAUCUUUUUCAAUAAUUGUCCAAUUUUAAAAAUUCUUUCAGCGUUAUGAAAGGCUUGAUGAUGGCUUUUCAGCCUUUCCAUACUAUUUUACUUAAGAUAUUCAUUUUAAACGUGCUGUACUUGCUCAUAGUUACAAUGUACAUUAAUGUGAUAAAAUUUAUAACUCUACCUACUCUGCCUGUAAUUUUUCCAAAACGAUGCCCCCUUUUAAACUUAAUUUUGGUUAAUGUUCACAUGUAAUUUUGCAUUCUUGUUGUACGAGUUCAGUUCCUAAAUGUUACUCUUUUCUGGUCAGUUGACUGAAUGUUCAAGACGAAUAAAAGUUUUGCUACAGAGUGUAAAUGGUGUGAAUGCUGAUUAAACCGUUGUUAACUUUGAACAUGCAUAAAUAUUAUAAGCUUUCAGACAUAUAAGUAGCAGUAAUGUUUCUUAUGGCUAGGAUUAAAGUGUAGUGAGAGAAACAAGGUUGUGAGAAUGAUCUGGGAGCUAUAAUAUAGGCAAUUUGUACUUUUGCUAAGUAUAAGUUACUUGUACUUUUUCUAUUUCAUGAACAAUUUCUGUCUCAUGUAACAUGUUCAAUAAUAAAAGAAUGUAUAUAGAAGUGGCAUUUUAAAUGAUAUUUCCUUGGUGCUUUUUUAUAUGUAUUAAGAUCACCUGUUGAACAAUCAUUUUCUGCUCAUUAAACUGAACGAAACAAGAGUUUCCACCCUUUUUGCGCACUUGCUUGAUAAGGGAUCAAUUCCAUUAUCGGGACUGAACUAUACUUUGUAAAAAGCUGUAAACCGAGUCUGUAUUAAGUUUGAUUAGAUUAAAAUAAAUUGUUCCAUUUUGCUAUGGAAUUGCAUCAAACACUGCCAAACAUAGCAUGGAAAUAUCAAAACAACCUGGACUUGCAAAAAUGUUACCAGAAAUUACCAAGAAUUUGUGAUAUUUCUUCCUGUGUAUAAAAUUGAGAAAAUAACACAUUUACAUUUUACAAUUGUGGACCUCUGUUAUAGAAGGGAAAAAAACAUCCAAUACCAUGAUUAAACGCAGUAGUCAAAGGUCCUUUAAAUGGUAUCAUUUUGUGUUUGAAAGGUUAUGUUAAUGUUUAAAAAUUCUGUAAACAUGGGAGCGUUGCCAGAAAUAAUGCCAGGAUGGGCACCUGGGAUUUUCUCUUCCUAUAUGAUAGCUGGAAAGCCAUCACACAUGACCUGAAUUAAAUCAUAAUUGCAUUAAAUUCCAACAAAUACGAAAAAAGUGAUAAUAUAGUAAUGUAUAAUUAGAGUUAAAUGCUUUAUUUGUGCAAAAAAGAAAAACAAGAAUUAGCACAGGCUCUUGUACCAGAAUGUUAUAAAAAUGUAAAAUGUCUUUUUGAAUUUAACAACUGUCUCUUAUAGAAUGAUUCAGAUUUUUUUAUCUUUUCUUAUGGAAUAAAAUCUUAAACUAUACAA